CGGCCCGAGCAAUCGAUUCUACAAUCGGAACAAUCGAAUUAUAAUCGAACACCUAAUUCUCUAACACACAACAUCAAUAAAAUAACAUUCUAUCUUUAAAUACUUGAAAGGACAGUUGAGUAGUGUUUCGUGUUUUAGAAAUGAAUGUAGAUUGUGCAGUACAUGAUACUCUUGUGGAACAGGGAUAUUAUUAAAAAUAGGCUGUUUUCACACUGUUUUUGUGAGGGCGAAUCCAGGAACAUAAGUGACGUGUGCUUGCUUACAAUGAUCGUGUCUAUGUGACGUAAGUUGGUUGCGUGUGCGCAGUGGAUCAGUGACGUAGUGAGUGACAGUUGACACAAGAUGGCCGACCCUGACGCGUUCGACGACGAGAAGUUGGUUGUCGGCGGUCCGAAUCAACGCAACUGGAGGGGGAUCCUCAUAGCACUCCUCGUUAUCGUCGCGGUGCUGGCCCUCAUUGUGACCUCCGUGGUCCUCCUCACUCCUCCUGAUGAAGGGCCCAGGGUCAAGGGUAGAAGGUUGAGGAUCCAGGACCUGUUGACUGAGGAACUGACGCCUGUACGGUGGAAUGGAACGUGGAUUUCUGGUGAUGAGUUUAUAUUCCGUGACACCUACGGCGGUAUCAGCCUUAUGUUUGCAGCCAACCAGACCACGAAAACACUUAUGCCAAACACAACUUUUAGGGUGCUAGAACCAGCUUCAUUCUCAGUGUCAGCCGAUCGUCGGUUCCUGCUCCUGGCGCAGAAUGUGCGCAAGAUCCACACGCACUCCUACCUGGCUAGAUACACCGUCUAUGAUAUACUAACCACCGAGUCCUAUCCCCUAACUCCGCUGCCUGACGAAGUUGGAGGCGGAGUGAUCACCGAAGGGCCCUCAUUACUCCUAGCCACGUGGACCCCCAAGGGCCAUGGGCUGAUCACCGUAAAAGAUUACGAUAUAUACUACAGACCUGCCCCAAGGUCAUCCACAGGGUAUCGUGUGACGGAGUCUGGCGUGCCAGGCACAAUCCACAAUGGAGUACCAGACUGGUUGUAUGAAGAAGAGAUCCUGGGAUCCCGCACAGCGCUGUGGAUGUCGGCAGACGGCCAUAUGGUGCUAUAUGCUACGUUUAAUGAUACCCUGGUACAUGAACAGAAGUACCCGUGGUACGGAGCAGCUUUAGACACUGAUGAUCCUGCUAAGACAUACCCGGAGAUCAGAAGCGUGAGGUACCCAAAGCCUGGUACCAACAACCCUACAGUGACGCUUACAGUCGCAGACAUCGCAGAUCCGAAACACAUUCGCACUCGACACCUUACACCACCCAAAGUUAUUAUAGAAGAGGGUGAUUACUACUUCACGAGUGCACAAUGGGUGUCCCUCACAGAAGUAUGUGUAGUCUGGCUCACAAGGAUGCAGAACUUGUCCGUGGUCUCCGUCUGCAAGAGUCCCAUGUGGUACUGUCAAGAGGUAUACAGGAUAUCCUCAGGGUUAGACGGCUGGGUGGAAUCAGCACCGUCUCCUCUCUGGUCAGCCGGUGGCGGUGCCCUAGUGACCUUGGCCCCAGUCAGGGAUGGUCCAGCUGGGUUGUUCCGUCACAUUGUGAGGACGGAACAUAACUCUCACGGGCCUAGAGCUCUGCCCCUAACACAUGGGAGCUUUGAUGUGGUUCAGUUACUGGCUUGGGACCAUGCAAAUCAGCAUAUCUAUUACUUGGGCAUCCCAGAAGGAAAACCAGGACAACAGCACCUAUACAGAGUAUCAUCCGAGGCGCCGAGGCCGGGCUCCCCGCAAAAACUGCCAUACUGUGUCACGUGUAACUCACAGCCAUCCCCGUCAAUAAACCUAGAGUACUACGGCAGCCUGGCUUCAUCAGGUGACAGUAACUGGGGCGACAGCGACUGGGAUGAAGAACUGCCACCUACUUCUCCUUCUCCCAGCAAGAAGAAAAAGAAGAAGUACCCUGAUGGCAUGCCCCAGAACUUGCCGUGCCUCUACCACGAGGCGCACUUCAGUCCAUCAUCAGCGUACUUCGUGCUGGAGUGCCUUGGACCUGGGGUGCCUACAUUCAGUCUACAUAAGACUGCACUGCCUGACCCUAGGCUAAUCGCACAUUUGGAGAACAAUACUAUUGUUAAGGAAAAGUUAGCCACAAUAGCUCUGCCGACGCCCCGUACGUUUUCGGUGCAGCUGUCCAGUGGCCACGCCGCGAGAGUGAGGCUACUCCUCCCGCCAGGGUUGAGGGAAGAUGAAGUCACCAAGUAUCCAUUAGUAUUGAAAGUCCACGGUGCACCAGGAACGCAGCUGGUAACAGAGCGUUGGUCAUUAGACUGGGGCUCGUUGGCCGCGGGUGCUGGUGCCAUACUUGCGUCUGUGGACGCGCGCGGCGCCGGCGGGAGGGGGCUCGGCGCACACCACGCGCUACAUCGCCGGCUCGGCACCGUCGAGCUACAAGACCAGUUGGAGGUCGCCGAGUACCUACGGGACUCCCUCCACUUCAUAGAUGCGCGUCGAGUCGCAGUAUGGGGACAAGCGCAUGGCGGCUUCCUCGCCGCCCUCGCGUUAGCCAGCACGCUGAAUGUGUUCCAUUGCGGCAUCGCAUUGACACCCAUCGUGCGCUGGCGGUAUUAUGCCUCUGCAUACGCGGAACGCUACAUGGGCUUUCCCAACGCAACGGGCAACUACCGAGGGUACGCAGACGCUGACGUCACGAAGCAAGCAGCAGCGCUUCAUGACAAGAUGCUGCUCCUGGUACAUGGGACCGCAGACAAUAAUGUACAUGUGCAGCAGAGCAUGGCGCUCGCGAGAGCUCUGGCCGACCAGGGAAGCAUGUUUAGACAGCAGAUUUACCCUGAUGAAGGCCACAGCUUGGAAGGUGUAAAGCGUCACCUUUACCGCACAAUGUCCGCCUUCCUCGACGACUGCUUCAGGAAGCAGGUCCCUCCCGAGACCAAGGCGGGAUUGAGAAACGGAGGGAAUCUAGACUGAGACACGUGGAGGGACGAGGAGUUGUGCUCUUGGUGAGAUCUCACCAAUACGGGUUGAGGACAACUCCGAGCCAGAAGACUCCGACGAGAGGUAAUAUAUAACCAAACGAGGAUUACACAAGAAGAGAGAGUGUAGUGAUAAAUCAAAUAACCCGUAGUACAAUUAAUUCCAUAUCCAACGCGUCAACAACUGCCAUCUUCAUACAUAUAGAGAGUUAUUAAAACAAAUGAACGUACAAGGAUUCCUUUAUCUAAUGACGGUACCACACAAGUGCGCGCUUUUUUGUUCACAUUGUAUGGCACGGAUAUUUGCUGUCAUUAGGUCUGUGCGACAUGAUGUGAGCAAGCAAGUACGCACAAGUUUGGCGCCAGCAUAAUACAGGAACAACAAAGGAACAUCACUAAGCUAAAGAAAGGAUUAGGGUAUUAUUUCAAAGAAACAUUGUAGACGGCUUAGCCGACUCAAUCUGUAAGGGAUCUGAAGAAAAGAAUAUUGAUACAAAUCUAGAAAAUUCAAAAGAAAAACUGAUGUCUUUGAGGGAGUUUUUAAUGCUAUGCACUAACGAAGGCAUUGAAUAAUGAAUGGCAUUGUUGAAAUAAUGAAAUAUUUUUUAUAGUGGAGAAUUCAUUAACUAAUGAUUUCAUUACUUGACUCUUAAUUUAUUACAUUUCAAAGCAUGUGUUUUCAAGACGAAUAAAUCGUUAAAAAGCUUUUUUAUGAUCUAGUCAUUAACGUACGCGUUUGAAAUUUAAUGAAAGCAAAAUACAGUCAAAGAAAGUAAAGCUCUUAAAGGAAUCCUAGCUACGUUCAUAAUAAUGUUAAAGUAUUGGAACACUAUUAAGAUUCCGUCGUAUUAUUAUAGUUGCGUAUUAUUUCGUUAGGUAAAGUUGGCGUAAAGAAAGGUUUCAGCGUGUUUGAGUAUUGUACAUGUCUUGCUAUAAAACAAUAAAUAUUAUUGAUGAAUAAUGAAUUGGUUAGGUUUUGAUUGGAUGAAGAAAGUGCACGCACACUUUCUAAAUUAAUAAUGAGUUAUGUGGAUUAAUAAUACGCCACUAUAAUAAUUUGGCGGAACCAUAGCAGAUAGUUAUGAAACGCAAAAUAUCUCAUUACCUAUAUUAAAAAUCAUAAUUAGUGCUAAUUUUUAACCUCAAAAGAAAAGUAACGCCAACUAUAUGUAAGUAAAGAAACGAUAUUUACAGCCGUAAUUUUUACACAAACACAUAUCGGUAAAAGUCAAAGAUUCCUUAUUAUUAUUCCUAAUCAAAAUAAUUCAAACGGAAAAAGACCUAUUCGGAAAUAAUAAUAAAUUAAUAAUACUAUUUUUAAACGUUCACUUUUAUUGUUGCUGCCUUAUUUCCCGCACAAACACGUGAUUCUUCCAUUGUCCUCUGUGCAUGUAUAAUAAUCGCGUCUUCUCAACAUUUAGCUUAAAAACGCAAUAUUUCAUCUAGUGAAUAAUAAAGGAAUUGAUAAAUAGUUCUUUAGUCAAUCAGUUUGUGAUCUAGUAGUUAAAUUGUUAUAACUAGUGGUACCUUUUCAUGGACUCAUCGUCAUGUACGCUCGAGGACUAACUCCUUGUUGAAUUUAGAGUUUUCGUUGUUCGAUAAUAACUUUAAUGUCGGACUUACUUGUGAUUCCAUGGUCUGGAUAAAUAGCAGGAAUAUGUUGAAACAACAAAGUACAGACACCACUCGUAUUAUUAUUUCAAAAAACUUUUUUGUCGAAAUUAAAAGUGCACAAAUAUUUUUUGAAAUUAAUAAUACGCCAAUACGGUGCAACGUGUACUUUUGAAACAAAUAUCAGAAUUUACGUAUGUCCCUCUUUAUGUGAAUAAAAUAUAUUUGAUAUUCAGAAACAUCGGUCCAUAUUCCUACUAUUACUAUAUCUAGGCCAAGGCCUGAAUCGAGACACUCAAGUCCGCAUGAAUCAUACUUAAAGCCAUCGCAAUAUUUUGCGAUGAGUAAUUUUAAUUCAUUAAUUUGUAUCGCAUACGAUGAUGGUAAAGUGUAAUUUCUAAAUGACAAAUAAUUGUACAGAUAUUAUUAUAAUAUUUCCCAUUUAGAUUAUAAUAAUACGCUUCUCUGCGUAUUUUAUUAAGCAUAAGAAAGACUAAUACUAAAACAUUAAGACUUGAAGUCGCGUUGAACUAAAUGAUUAGUGUUUUCUUAUGAUUAACAAAAUACGUACCUAUUUAAAAAAAUAUCCAAACAUUUGAUCUUUAAGUAUAAAAUUGCUCACUCUCAUCAAGUUUUGCAUGUAUGCAUUCU